CUUUCUUGGCCGAGGGGGUGGAGCGCCGAAGGGGCGGCGCCGAAGGUAACCGGCCCCCGCGGCGCCUGGGCGCGGGCAGGGUGGCUGAGCUCCGUCGCGGGUGCUGCUCGUCCCGCUUGCGAUCGCCCUUCCGAGCCGGAUCCAGCCUCCGGGUGCCCGAUGGGCUCCCCCGGGGGAGAGCAGGGGCCCCUGGACGACGUGUCCUGGCUCCGCUCGCUCUUCGUGGCCUGCGACGUGAACGGCUCGGGCCGGAUCGAGCGCGACGACUUCGGCGCGCUGUGCGCCGAGCUGCGGGUCCGGCCGGCCGAGGCCGAGGCCAUCUUCCAGCGCCUGGACACCGACCGCGACGGCGCCAUCACCUUCGCCGAGUUCGCCCGAGGCUUCCGCGGCUUCCGCGGCGCCGCGCAGCGCUGGAGGCGGCAGCAGCAGCAGCGACGGCGGGACAGCGCGCAGGAGGCGUCCGAGGACGGGGCGGACGAGCCGGGGCUGGCAGUUGCCCGCGACGUCUUGAGCCAGGCGGCGGCGAUGGAGCCGAGCCUGGCUUGGCGGGAGUUCGAGCAGCGGCUCGGGGACGAGGCCGGCUUCAUCCCCAGGAACGCCAGUGGCAUCCAAUGGCAAGAACAGGUCAGUGUUCUGUAUCAGAACAUCAAUAUCGUGGAACCACGAUUAAUUCAACCUUAUGAGCAUGUGAUUAAGAACUUUAUUCGAGAGAUCAAGCUUCAGAGUGCAGAGAUGGAAAACUUAGCCAUAGCUGUAAAAAGAGCACAAGAUAAAGCAGCAAUCCAGCUUGGUGAACUAGAAGAGGAGAUGGACCAGAGAAUACAGGCUGCAGAGCAUAAAAUCAAGAAGGAGGAGAAGCGGAAAACAGAAGAGGCUCUGAAUGACCUCAAGCGCCAAUACGAGGCUGAAGUGGAUGAGCUCCAAGUGACGAUAAAAAAACUUAAAAUGCUUGAAGAGCAAUCUAAAAACAUUCAUCACAAAGAAGAUUUGGUGGCAUUAAAGAACAGGAUACAUGAUCUGACCUUGGAAAACCAGAAACUUAAGAAAGAUCUUAUGGAAGCACAGACAAAUAUCGCUUUCCUUCAGAGCGAGUUAGAUACUUUGAAAAGCGAUCUUGCAGAUCAGAGCUUGAGUUCAGAAAGAGAACUAGAAAUGAUCAGAGAAUACACGGAAGACAGAGAUAGUCUGGAGAGGCAGAUAGACAUUCUACAGUCAGCCAACAGGAAACUUCACGACAGCAACGAUGGCUUAAGAAGCGCAUUAGAGAAUAGCUGGAGCAUGUACAAUAGAUCGCUGCGUCUGACAAACACUUCUCCAGGGAAUACUCUCGCCAGAAGCAGUCCCAAAUGCAGCGGCGGCCAAUCUCCCCAAAAUCCACGAUAUGACAGGUCAUACCAUUCGUCCUAUAUGGAUGAAGACUACGAUUCCCUGGCCCUUUGUGACCCUAUGCAGAGGACAAACUGCGAGGUUGACAGCCUGCCCGAAAGCUGCUUUGACAGUGGCUUGUCUACCUUGAGAGAUUCAAAUGAUUAUGAUUCAGAAGUGGAAUCUAAACACCAAAGGAUUUCUCAGAGGCCACAGGGUCUGCGUGAAAGCUUUACGGGUGAUGCGUCUGAUACAGAUGUCCCAGAUAUCCGAGAUGAAGAGGUAUAUAGUCCUGAUGACGUCGGCACCGUCUUGGACUGGAAGCCCACCCACCCAGUCAGUCGAAGCAGCUCUGGAGCAUCAAUAAGGAAAUGUCUCCCUGUCAUGUCUCCACAGUCGGACUCUCCAGACUGCAGCUCCAGAUACCCAAGCUCAGAGAAAGCUUACAAGAUAGUUCUUGCUGGGGAUGCAGCUGUUGGAAAAUCUAGCUUCCUCAUGAGGCUUUGCAAAAAUGAAUUUCGAGGGAACACCAGCGCAACUCUAGGUGUUGACUUUCAAAUGAAGAGGCUGAUUGUUGAUGGGGAACCUACAGUGCUGCAGCUGUGGGACACGGCGGGACAAGAGAGGUUCCGAAGUAUUGCUAAAUCGUACUUCAGAAGAGCAGAUGGGGUACUUCUACUAUACGACGUAACCUGUGAGAAGAGUUUCCUGAAUGUACGAGAAUGGGUGGAUAUGAUUGCGGAUGCAACUCAUGAAAACAUUCCAAUCAUGAUGGUAGGAAACAAAGCCGAUCUUCGCCAGGUGCUUGCUGAGCAAGGACAGAAGUGUGUGCCGAUAAACUAUGGAGAGAAGCUGGCCAUGACCUACAGUGCAUUGUUCUGUGAAACAAGUGCCAAAGAUGGAUCUAAUAUUGUGGAGGCAGUACUUCAUCUUGCUCGAGAAGUGCGAAAAAGGAGUGACAAAGAGGAGGACAAGUCUGUGACAAACCUGACUGGGACAUCAUUAAAAAAGCCGUCUCUCACCAAAAACUGCUGUGGUGUUUAGAAACAAUCCAGCCCUCUUUUUGCCCCAAAGAAACAGAUUUCUGUGGCUGGGGCAGAAAAGGAGUAAUGAAGGAUUUAGGCAUAGAUUGUUCCGUAGAGAAGAACUUGAGAACCAUUACUCUUGAGUUGCCACAUCCAUUCAGCAGCUUCAGAUGCUUUGGAAGGCUGUUGAGCAAAACCAAGCCAGGGAGUCUGGGACCUUCAGUCCAGAAGCAGAUCCAGACACUCCUGAGACAUUGGUUCCUGUGUGCAAGAACCAGCUGCAAACCGCCUGUGCCUUUUAAAGACAACCUGCCCAAGAAAUGUUGAAGCAAGGCAUCCUCUUUACUCGAAAUAUACAUGUAAAUAUGUAAUCUCAUUCUCUGACCUCCUGGGAGACAUUUGCUGCUGUUCGUGAAAUUUCAUCCCCGACCUGAAACUUGCUCCAUGUCUAUUUUGAGUGGAGUUCUGCCGUUCUUAACUCCCCCCUGCAUUCUGCGCUGCAUCGGGUUCUCAAGGAAACAUGGCGGCAGUCAACGUCUAGGCAAAUGAGCCUGCAUUGGAAAGGAAAACGUGGCUGUGUCAAAAGCUAAACUAAUCAUGCAUCCCUGACAUCAUUUAGGAACUUUGGGGAAGAAUUAACCAUUCAGGCUUGGCUGCUUGCUUCUCCUUUUGGAAGCCAUACAUGUCAGUUGACCAGGAUAAAUGAAAUGUGUCUUAGCUGUCACUGUGGUGAUAAACCCGUGUCUGGGCUGUACAGCUUUGGAGUGCUCCCAGUUGCAGGGGAUGUGUGUGUAGUGAAAUGUAAAUUAAGCAGGUUUUGAAUAAGGCUAAGCUAGAACCUCUUUCCCCCUCGGGCAUCUUGUUUUCUGGGUGGAGAAAAUCCAACUAAGUUCUACUCAGAGUGGAGCCCCUGAAAUUCAUGGGUGAAAGUUAGUCAUGCCUGUCAAUUUCAAUGACUACUGUGAGGACUAACAAUGGAUAUAAUCCAAUGUUUGUUAUUGAAGAGAGUUAAUUUGUGUGCAUCCCACAUCUCAAGAGUUAUAGCCCAAGCACAGGCUCAUGACCCUGGUGAGAACUAGUGCUUAGGUCUGUCAUGUGCCCUUUGUUGAAAGACCUGCUCCCCACAUGCCAGUAUUCUCAUAAUGCUGUGGAGUUAAAUAUGGGUGUUUUCUUCCCACCUUCAAAAUCAUGAGCUCUAAUGCUAACUGAUUUAGAUCAGCAGCUUUCACAGGCUGCACCUUAAGUAGUCUGUACUUAGCUUAGGCAAACAGCUGAUCCAAGCCUCUGCAGCUCAUCUGGAAAUGGUUAACUUUGUAGUGGGCCUGAGUUCAAACAAUCUAAAGGGAAAGAAAGGAAAAGGCCCCCAACAGAUAAAACAAUGGAGAACAAAAGCUCUUGCAUACAAAAUUAGAGGAUUGAUUCUGACCUCUGUUACUGAUAACUACUACCUGGAGUGAGGGUUUUUUUUCUGACCUGUGGAAGAGGAAGUUGGUGGAGAUUUGUACAUGCAAAAGUUUGUUGACUGAGCUAAGAAACUUGGGCUCUUUUAUAUACAUGUUAAAUAUUUUACUGCAUUUAUAGGUUCAUAUCUUUUUCCUUAUAACUAAUUUAUAAAAACUAGUCUUUUUUUUUGGUUGUAUAGAUUUUAUUUUGCUUUCCCAUGCUUUAUCAUAGUGAGGAAAGUGUUUGCAAUUGAAGCAUUUGUUAGCUGUUCAUGUCUGUGAAACUUACAGCAACCUAGAAAACUAGUCUAAAUUCUGCAAGUCUCAAUAGAACUGCCUGGGUUGUGAGGGG